AUGGAAAAACAGCACAUAUGCUUAUAUAUAAAAACUCGUUGGUUAUUAGGUUUAACAGCUACACAAAUUCAUGAUGAAUUAACUACUGCUUAUGGACAAGGUGUAAUUUCAUAUUGUACAGCUACACGACGGAUUCAACGAUUUUCAAAUGAGCAAGAAUCUUUGGAAGAUAAUCCUCGAAGUGGUCGUCUAAUAACCGUCAUCACUCAACAAAAUAUUGAUGCUGUUAAGGAUCUGGUGAACAAUGAUCCACAUAUUAGUAUUGAUUAUAUUGCUGCCAUCUUAGAUAUAUCACAUGGUAGCGUAGAUGCCAUUCUCAAACAGCACCUUGGCUUAAGAAAGAUAACAUCAAAAUGGGUACCUCAUAAACUGACACAAGAACAACGACAACGACGUAUUGACAUUUGUAUCGAAAAUUUACAAAAACUUGAAAGUGGUACCUGGAGACUAUGUGAUAUAGUCACGGGUGAUGAAACUUGGAUUUAUCAUCGAAAAAUUAAAUCAAAAGAACAAACUAAAGCAUGGCUAACAAAAGAUGAAAGUCCUCCAACACAGGUGAGAAGACAACAAUUCGAAAAAAAACAAUGUUUGUUAUUUUUUUUUAUGACAAAUGGACCAUUACUAGUUCAUGAAUUACCUUCUGGGACAUCAAUUAAUGCUAUUUAUUAUCGUGAUGAAUGUUUAAAAAUGCUAGUCAAAAAUUUACAUAAGAAAAGACCAUUAUCAACAACAAAUGGCAUUAAGCUGCAUCAUGAUAAUGCAUGA